AUGAACGUUAGUGAAAUUAUCAGACAUCAUGGGUACCCCAGUGAGGAGUACGAAGUUACGACUGAGGAUGGAUACAUUCUUCGUGUUUUCAGAAUUCCUGGUGGGAGGAACAGUCGGAAUACAGGGCAAAAGCCUAUAGUCUUCCUACAGCAUGCUUUUCUAGGAGACUCUACCCACUGGAUUUCUAACCUGCCCAACAACAGCCUGGCAUUUAUCCUAGCAGAUGCUGGCUAUGACGUCUGGAUGGGAAACAGCCGAGGGAACACUUGGUCUUUAAAACACAAGACCCUUAAGCCUUCCCAGAAGGAGUUCUGGCAGUUCAGCUUCAGUGAGAUGGGUAAAUACGAUCUUCCAGCAGAGCUGUACUUCACCAUGAAUAAAACUGGACAGAAACACGUAUAUUAUGUUGGCCACUCUGAAGGCACAGCAAUAGGGUUCAUAGCAUUUUCUACAUACCAUGAGUUGGCUCAAAGGGUCAAAGUGUUCUUUGCUCUGGGCCCAGUAGCCACAUGCACACACAGUACAAGCCCUUUGAUUAAGUUAACAAGUGUUCCUGAAUCACUACUCAGGAGUCGAAUAGAUGCAUACGUAACUCAUUCCCCAGCUGGGACAUCAGUUCAGAACAUGAUUCAUUGGCAUCAGCUAAUGCAUGCAGACCGAUUUCAAGCUUAUGACUAUGGUGCUAAGGAAAACACGAAGAAAUACAACCAGUCUACUCCUCCUGUAUACGAGAUAGAGAAGAUGAACACAGCAGUUGCUCUUUGGAGUGGUGGGCGCGACAAGUUUGCAGAUCCAAAAGACAUGGCAAAGCUACUUCCUCGGAUCACUAAGCUCAUUUACUAUGAGGAUCUUCCUGACUGGGGACACCUAGAUUUCAUCUGGGGCCUUGAUGCAACUAAGAAAAUGUACUGGAAAAUCCUUGAACUAAUAAGAAAAAACCCUUAA